AUGCCCGAGUCCAGGGGUAGCGGCGCACCUGCUGCCGCCAGGCAGGAAGAAGGAGGAAAGUCAACGUUGCAGACCAUCAUUCAGGGCAUCGCGAUUUUCGUCUUCACCCAGUUUGUCAUCAACCAAUUCUUCGGCUCCAAGACGCAACCUAGCGGCGGGGGCGUUGCUGCUCCGAACACAGUCUCGAGCUUCGAUGACCGAGUCGAUCCGACCGCAUUGACGAACUAUUCUGCCAUACCGUACAACAUCGCUCCUAUCUGGCCAGAUGACAGUGUCAUUGACAUUCAAGUGUAUGUCUCGGCGAAGUCGGAGCUUCCUGCUCUGUCAAGCGUCCCGAAGGACACUCUCGUCGUAGAUGGCAAGGCUUUCAAGAUUGGAGACUUUUCAGAGAAUCGGGAAAUCAACACCAAGAUUGCGAUCCCUGCGGAGGUUCAACACAACGGCACUCUCUGGGCGCACUUCCUUGUCGGUUUGACAGGCAGUCAACUCGACCCGACUGCGGCGAAUUAUGACCCGGCGAAGGCAACCCACUUCAAGAGGCCGUUGAACCACUAUCUACCCAAGAAGAAGGUGCGCAAGCUGAAGAACUUGUUGGACAAGACCGACGAGCCGGAAUUGGAACCGGAAGAACCCCAGGGUGUCCAGAUCGGCUCGUUCUACCAUCCCAACUUCACCGUGGCUGUGGUGCCCGGCACAGGCGUGCAGAACUGGCGCCAAAUGCAUCCGGCCGUGCGCAAGAACAUUGUCCUCGAGCCCACAGGUGCCCGUGAUGCUUCGGGCUUGAAUGGAUGGUAUUAUCCCGUCGUUUUCCUCAACACCUUCUGGCAGCUGCGGUCGCAUAUGACGGAGCUCAACGACACAGUGAAGGAGGUGCCGCUGAACAUCAACCUCAACAACCUAGCCAACUGGAAAUACAGUAUCCUCGCCAGCGUCGACGACGGCAUGAAGCAGAACCAGCAGCAAGCAGCCCAGGGAGGUUCAUUGCCGGGCGGCGCGGGCGACGGAAGCGAGUUUGAGAAGCUGAAGGAAGUGCUUCUGGACACGAAUGCAUAUCUUCUCGGAACGACGUUUGCGGUCAGCAUCCUGCAUAUGGUCUUUGAAGGGCUGGCGUUCAAGAAUGACAUCUCGCACUGGCGGAAGAGAAAAGACAACGUGGGAACGUCGGUUCGCACGAUCCUGGCCAACGUGUUCAUGCAGACGGUCAUCUUCCUGUACCUGGUCGACAACUCGGACGGCACAUCGUGGAUGAUUCUGGCCAGCCAAGGAUUCGGCAUCGUCCUGGAAGCAUGGAAGAUCACCAAGAUGGUCAACGUGCGGCUUCGCGAGCCCGGCCCGGAGUCACGGUUCAAGUUUCUCCCUUACGUGAUUGUGUUCGAGGACAAGCACAAGUUGACGAAGAAAGAAAAACAGACUCAGGAGUAUGACCAGAUCGCCUUCCGCUAUCUUUACAUUGUCGCCGUUCCCCUGCUGCUCGCGUACGCGGCCUACUCGCUGGUCUAUGAACCACACAAGUCCUGGUACAGCUUUGUGAUCGAGACACUUGUGGGAUCUGUCUACGCGUAUGGGUUCUUGAUGAUGGUGCCUAGCUUGUACAUCAACUACCGGCUCAAGUCAGUGGCGCACAUGCCCAGCCGCACGCUGUUUUACAAAUUCCUCAAUACCUUUAUCGACGACCUGUUCGCCUUUACCAUCCGCAUGCCCUUCCUACAUCGUUUGGCUACCCUGCGCGACGAUGUCAUCUUCUUCGUCUGGCUGUACCAGAAGUGGGCGUACAAAGUCGACCACUCGCGCGUCAACGAGUUUGGCCAGGGCGGUGACGGGAGCGACGAGGAUGAAGACGAAGAUGAAGAUGAAUCCAAGGUAGCAGACGGUGGUGCGAAAUCAGCCCCAAAAGCCCUCGACGGCCAGGGUACCAAGCAGCUCAAACCUACAGCUCCCGUAGCCAGUGCCAGUGGAGCUGAGAGCAAGGCCGGAGCCAAGAAAAGGAAGUGA